ACAGUACGUCGAUAGUAAAUGCUGUAUAAGUGUGGGUGAGACUUACUCACACUUAUACAACAUUUACUAUCGACGAAUGUAAACAACGACAUGAGACAACCAAAAUGGCUGACGUCGAUCAUACCCAUUAUACAGUACCUUAAUUUCGCGAAACGACUUUUUUGGGAGUUGAUAAGGGAGUGAAAUUGUUGUAUUCAUUUAGUAUUGUAGUGUUUGUUGCAUUAAAUGUGCGAGUUAGUCGUCAAAUUUCGCGUAUAAUUCAACUAACAAUUGUUUAUCGCGUACGGUUACGAUGUCGUGGACGGAAUUUAAAUGCAUCUCGUGACGUUAACGGUAAACGGGUUACUUAAGCUGCAUACGAUGCUACGAUACUCGAUUCGAGUUAUUAUCUCAACAAUGUGAUAUACCUUGAAGAUAUGAACGUACUAAUUUAGAUACGCUAAUUAUGUCUGGAUACGGUAGAUCUGGAAUACUAGAAACGUACGUCCGUACGUCAUGGUACCGAGUGUUUGUCACGUUAGAAGACGAAUACUUACGCAUAACAUUGGACGAAAGCUACGAAAACUCGACCGCACUAAAUGGCACGCUGAAUAGCAAGAAUUCCUCAUCCUUCGAAACGACCACAUUUCUAGACGCCGUAGAUGUACCGGAGACGGUCGCUAAUCAAAAACGUAUCGUACGGGUAGUGAAAUCCGACAACAACGGAUUGGGUAUAUCGAUAAAAGGUGGCAGAGAGAAUAAAAUGCCUAUUUUGAUAUCGAAGAUAUUCAAAGGCAUGGCUGCCGAUCAAACCGAACAGCUUUACGUCGGCGACGCUAUACUUUCAGUGAACGGAGAAGAUCUGCGAGAAUCUACUCACGACGAAGCUGUCAAAGCUCUCAAAAGAGCCGAUAAAGUAGUCGAAUUAGAAGUUGUGACCUCGUUCUAUGUUACAGUCAAAUAUCUACGCGAGGUAACGCCGUACUUUCGUAAAGCCAGUAUUAUCUCGGAGGUUGGAUGGGAGCUUCAGAGAGGAUUCUUGUCUACCGUACCGCCGCAUCCGCAUUCUCCUCAGAGAGCAGAUACUCGAUAUUUACCGUUGCAACUUUGUUAUCUAGUUCGUAAUUUUAAACAUUGUGAUCAUGAAAACCGUACGUUCGAAUUACAUUCCCCGGAUGGAGUUCAUAGCUGUAUAUUGCGAGCUGCCGACGCCGACGAAGCGGUUUCAUGGUUCAAUUCGUUACAUUCCGCGCUAUAUGUGUUAACGGUAAAGGCGCUCAAAGAAGCUAACAACGUGCUUUCGCCGACCUUAAUCGGCGGCGAAUUACACCGCAUUGGUUGGCUAUCGACGAGAAAACAAAGACUGAAUUACAGCGUCGAGAACGGAAGAGCCGACUCGGAUAGCAGCGAAGAUGGCAACGAUAAAUGGCAAUCUGUUUUCGGAGCGGUCACCGAUCGCGAAUUAAGAUUGUACGAGUCUGCUCCCUGGAGUCCGGAAGCUUGGAGUGCUCCGGUCGAAUUAUGCCCGUUGAUUGCCACCAGAUUAGUCAAUUCUUCCCGUCAAACCGAUCUGAUCACAUUUAGCGUUCGAUGUGGCACAUCGGAAGGUGUAGUGACCCAUCAUUUGAAAGUUGAAACCCACAGAGACUUGGCAAAUUGGGCUAGAACUAUUGUACAAGGAUGCCAUGCCAGUGUAAUGUUGCAACGUGAAAUUAGCAUGAGAUGUAUGUGGCGAGGUAAACCAGCUCAGCUUUUACUGCACUACGAAAACGGUUUCGUUUUGCUGGAAUCUGCAACUGGAUCGGUGGGUCGUGAACCGAAAGUGUUAUGGGCUUAUCCGUUUGAGAAACUACGUAUGUCUGCUGACGAUGGCCAUCGAAUCUUGUGGAUUGGUUUUAUGAACGAAGAUGUGGAAAUUGAAUUAGAUCUGGAGUGUUGUCCGAAGCCGUUUGUAUUCAUCCUUCAUAACUUCCUGUCAGCCAAGAUCCACAGAUUGGGAUUGUACGCUUAAGGAAGACUCGUCUAUCAAUUCUUAAAUGUACUAUUUGUUUUCGCCAUCGAUUUAUUGCAUGUAACUAAUUCGUUGUAGUAGUAUUUCGGUACUCGUUUUAUUUGGUAGUAAUUCUUGUCGUUUUUCUUUACAUUUCUUUCUUUUUAUACUCUUUUCCGCGCAAUUCUGUGAUGUUAGUCGGAAUUUUUAACUAUACAGGUGUGAACUUGUAAUAUAUAAACAGGCCUAAUGUUUGCAUUUUGUAUAAUUUAUACGACGCUGCUGUGUGAAUGUGUGAGUUGAUAGUCUAAAAUAAAACGUACGUGUAGAUAAGGAAUAAGAAAAUGUUCAAGUGGUGUCGUACUUAUAAAAUUGUUGAAAUUCGCGGAAUUGGAAUUCGUGUCAACAGCAACACACACACACAUACGAUUCGUUUUGAAAAUGAUCGUAUAGCUCAAGUGGUUCAAUUGGUUUCGAUGUUUUUUCUGUUUUUAUUAUUUGAUUUUCAUUUUUUUUAUACUCAUCGUUUGUUACGUAAUUAAAUUAUAUUGUACGUGUAUUUGUGUAGCAAAGUAAGCAAUAUUAUUGUGUAAUUUACCUAUAAUUACGACUUAUGUGUAUUGUGUAUAAACCUUCUUGGAUUUUGUAAAUAAUCGUUGUUCUUAAGUAAGAAAAAAAUGUUCCUGUUGAAAAGUAUAGCGCACAACGAUGUACUAUUAUUCUUUUUAUUAUAUUUGUACAUAGUUUGUAAAUUGUUCGUUCGAACGUUUAUCUUACGUUCUCGAAGAUUAUGUUUUAUUUAUUAUUUUUGUUGACUUUUCUUUCAUGUAUUGUGUUUUAAGAGUUGUACGAGAAGAGAAGAUAAACUAUAUAAAGUGGUUGGCCAGUGUAUCUCGUAAUGGGAUUUUUUUUUAUUCUUUUAAAAUAUACAUAACGUGGUGUUCUGCAUAAAUAUAGUUGAAAAUGUAUCGUAAAUUAUUAUUGCUGUCGCGCGAGAUAAUCAAGCUGAAAAUUUUUUCGAAAAUUUCAAAACUAGUCAAAAUAAUAUUAAACGGAAAGCAAACGCAAGUGGAUCUGCUAUUUAAAAAAAAAUUAAUAUAAACAUUGCAAUAACACGUGUAUUUGAUUUGUUAAUUUACUUUUACCAUUUAUAUUCUUGUUGUUUUAUUUUUUAAAAUGGUUUUUGGAUUGAUUGAUUUAUUGUAAUGUUUUUAAGAAAAACAACUUUUUUAAAAGUUUUCAUCACUUUUUAUCUUUUAUUAAUUAUGUUUUCAAAUAUAUGAAUGUAUAGAAUAUUUCAAAA